UCGAUGCAGUACAACCCUGGCUGGAACAACUCCUCUGUCAACCUGCUUCACGUGCGGGCGGUGGGGCCCGGUGACACCCUGCACUACGUCUGGAGCAGCAUUGGGGCCCCCGCGGUGCUGCUGGUGGCUACGGAAAGCAGGAGCAGCACCCUGCACAUCAACUGGACCCAGUUGCUCUCGCCUGCUCCUUCGGGUGCCAUCUGGAUCGAUCCUCCCAGCAGUGUUGUCUACUCCGCUGCCGUUGUCUUCACCAAGGUGUUUGAGUACAGCGAGGCCAAAACACCGGAAGAGCUCUUCUACCCCACGUACGACCUGUCUGACUUUUCCUGGAGCAGCAUCAAUCACACCCUGAACCACACGGCCCUGACGGCCGAGUUCAAUGGCAUCCCGGCCACCGACCCCAGUGACAGCUUCUCCAACGGCAGCCUGGCGUUUCGGGUGACAGCCUACGAGGCCAGCGGCCGUGACGGGCCCCUGCCCAGCCUCCUGCACACGGAAAACAGCUCUAAAGUGGAGUUUGUCCUGGCUGGGGUGGCUCCACGGGGCAACAGCUCCCGAUUUGUGCUGGAGGUGGCCACGGUGGAGCAGACGGGGGUGGUGGAGAAGCUGCGCUCAGCACGCUCCAUCGACGAUGAGUACACUCCCACCAUCUUCGAGAUGCUCUCCCUGGUAGCCGAGUCCCAAAAUGACAGCUCCACGCUCAGCUUCCUGCAGUGGAAGGCGACAGCUUACGGCUCCCGGACCCCCAGGCGUGAGGACAGCAUCCAGUGCCGGUCUCACAGCCUGCAAACAGCCAACUGGACCCUGCCCACAUCCAGCAUUGUCCAUGCCUACUUUGGGGAGGGUGUGGGUAGCACCUACACCGUCAGCGCCAUUAAUAUCUCUUUUGGAGGAGAGGAUGGAAAGGUUUACCAGGAGAAGCGGUACCUUAGCUGGUCAGCGCUGCUGGGCUUCGGGCAGCCCCCCCAGGACACCUUCUCCCCCCUCGUCAUCUCCAUCAUGGCUGUGGCACUGGGUACCCCCAUGCUGAUGCUCCUGGUGGGCAGCUGCGUGGUCCUCUUUGCCCAGAGGAAACGCUACUCUGAGUACGAGCCCAUCAACUGA